CUCGGCGCCGGGAACAUGGCGGCGGCUGGGGCGUGGGUGCUGCUGCGAGGAGCCGUCCGGGAGCUGCUGCGGCUGCCGCUCGCGGGGGCCGCCCCCGGCCCGGAGCGCGGCUUCAGCCUCUCUCACAGUCGGGGCACGGUCAUCGUGGAGCGCUGGUGGAAGGUACCGUUGGCUGGAGACGGCCGGAAGCCGCGCCUGCACCGGCGACACCGCGUCUACAAGCUGGUAGAGGACACGAAACACGGGCCCAAAGGCAACCUGGAGCUCAUCCUCACCCAGUCGGUGGUAGGACUUGGAGUCCGGGGUGACCUGGUCUCAGUGAAGAAACCUUUGGGCCGGAAUCGACUGUUGCCUCAAGGUCUGGCUGUAUAUGCAUCCCCUGACAACAAGAAAUUCUUUGAAGAGGAGAAAUUGCUGAGACAAGAAGGAAAAUUAGAGAGGAUCCAGACCAGGGCGGGUGAGAUGACAGUGACGUUUCUCAAAAGCUGUCACUUGGAGGUGGGGAUGAAAAACAACGUCAAAUGGGAACUAAACCCUGAAAUAGUUGCCCGCCAUUUCUUCAAAAAUCUUGGUGUUGUGGUCGCCCCACAUGCAUUAAAGUUACCAGAAGAACCCAUUACACAGUGGGGCAAGUACUGGUGUGAGGUGACGGUAAAUGGACUUGACACUGUGAGGGUACCUAUGUCUGUGGUGAACUUUGAGAGGCCCAAGACCAAAAGAUACAAGUACUGGUUAGCCCAACAAGCUGCCAAGGGAAUGGCCCCCACCAGCUCCCAGACUUUCUGAAUCUACUCUCCCUCAAAAUCAGAUGAGCAGAAUCAGGGGCCCCUGGAGGGCACAGUCAGUUGAGCAUCUGACUUUACCUCAGGUCAUGGUCUCUCAGUUGGUGAGUUCGAGCCCCACAUUGAGCU